CGCCAUUUCCCACUACCACUUUUGAAAAUGGGGGAUCGAAUAGAGACAUAUGCUUACUUUAAAAAGAAAUUGGGUGUUAUAUCAGUGGACAGCAGGUUGAAAUGGACCGCUGAAGGAAAGACGAAUCCAGCGAUUGAUAUCUCUUUUGAUGCAAUAGCAAAUUUGCAAAUGACACCAGCAUCGUCUCCCAAGAUCAUGGUUCGUGUUUUUAUCAUUAUGAACAAAGGCGAGGAGCCUACUCCCUUGGUGUUUAGCUUUACGAAUACAAAUAAUGCUCGCGGAAAUUGUGAGAUGGUCACCGGAGAGCUCCAAAAAGCAAUCACUAGGCAACGGGAUAAUACAGUUUCCGAUGAGAAAUCAUUUGGAGUGGAAUCCCUGAACCAGAAGAAUCUCUUGGAGGAUAUUGACUUACAAGAAUCACUUUUGACGAGCAACAGUGAGAUGUUUCAAACAUUUAAAGAAGCAGUCAUGAAAGGCCACUUGAGUAAUGAGCAAUUUUGGUCUACGCGAUUACAUUUGCUACGCGCCCAUGCUGUCGAAAGAUCACAACAACGCGGACCAUAUAAUGUUCUAUCUUCUAUAAAGCCAAAGACUGUGGAUAACCAAAUGAAGGUGUCUUUGACCCGCCAACAAAUUCAUGAUAUGUUUGAACAACACCCGCUUCUUCGAAAAGUUUAUAACAAGCAUGUCCCUCCAUUAGCUGAAGGAGAGUUUUGGAGUAGGUUUUUUCUGUCAAAGCUGUGUAAAAAGUUUCGCGGAGAUCGGAUUACUCCUAUGGAUCCUUAUGAUGACAUUAUGGACCAAUAUUUAGAAGCCAAUGAGGAAGAUUCGGCUAGGAAGGAUGAACCUCCUCCAUCUCAUGUACUCGAUAUUGAGGGAAAUUUACAAAACGCAAGUGUACUUGCUGAAUUACGCCCGGACAUUACAAUGCGUAUAGAUAAAGAGGCUGUUCCUUUUAUGAAAAAUAUCAACCAGUUAUCAGAACGACUUUUGGAGAAAAGUCUGGGGAAUUCAAAACGACUAAAGACUGAAACUGAAAAUCAAUAUUUGCAAGAGUCUGGAUUCCAUGAUUUAGAAGAAGAUCGCACAGAUUCCAAAGUCAUAUUGAAUAUACAAGAACAGGAUCGAUUCUUAGAAACAAAUUUUGCCCCUUCGUCAAAGCAGUCUAUGGAAGAACCCCUGCCGCCUCUGGAAACUUUGCAAAGUCUUUACCAAGAGGAAAAUGUGCAACUAGAUAGUAUGGAUCGCGACAUAAAUGCGUUGGCAGAGGCUGCUCAACAGCUUACCCAUGCUAUGAGAGAAAAAUAUGAGUUCGAGACUCAUGGUUCUGAUAUGAAUAUUCCAAAAGAAUUAAAGGAAGAGGUAACUAUGUGUCAUACUGUAAGUGUCGAGUUCUUACACCAGUUUUGGAGUGCCUUGCUUAGUCCAAACUAUGCUGAUAAAAAAAUCAUGGAACCUCUACAGCAUGCAUUAUUGAAUUCAAAGACUCGGGUGGAUGCCAUAGUUUCUCAAGCGAAAAAGCAAAACGUCAAUCCGUCUUAUAUCUAUCAGUUGGUUUCCUCAAUCCUUUCAUCCAUUGAUGUUGCAUUAGGGGAAUAUCAAAGAAGAAUAUCCAUCACUCCUUCAACUUAAAAGGAGUUUUCAUCUUCGUUUUAAUCAUGAUGCUUAUUUUACGACUGACUAUUUAAUGAACCAUCGAUAAUCUGACUUUAAAAGAAUCGAUACCGAACGAAUGUGUUGGGGAAUUGGGUUUUCAGACAUUCUUUAGUACUGUAAAUUAGAAAAAACAUGCAACUUCGUCAGAAUACGAAUAAUACCCAUUUGUAAAAAUGGUUCAUAAAACAAAUUUAUACUUCAGCUAUGAAUUUCAAUAUUCUUUCUAUUAAAUGAAAUAAAACUAUAAAUAUAUAAAUACA